ACGUCCCAUAUGUACGCUGUUAUUCCUCACAAUUUCACCACCGGCAUUUACAGAGGUUUGUUAUCCGAAACCGGACAUUAAAAUGAGCAAAUAUUGGAACCCUGCAAAGUCACAGCUGGAGGACAUUCCAGGAAUGGAUGUAUCUAAGCUGUCGAUCGACACCCUGACCGUGGCAACACGAUUUGAAAAUCCAGGCACAGAGCCACUCGUAAACCCAAUUUACCACAGUAGUACGUACAUAAUGAAGCAUGUUGAUGAUUAUCUACGAAUCCUUAAGGAGUCUGGAUAUAUCUAUGGUCGACUAGGAAAUCCUAAUUCAGAUGCAGUGGAAUGCGCUAUCAACGCUAUUGAAGGUGGCGCUGGAACACUUGUUUUUACGUCCGGAAUGGCUGCAAUUUCGUCUGUUUUGAUUGGCUUUUUGCAAGCAGGAGAUCACGUGAUAUGUCAAAACCCUUGCUACAGUGCAACAUUUGAUUGUCUGGACAAGAUCCUUAAAAAGUAUGGGGUUGAAACAACAUGGGUACCUGCUGGCUGCGCUUUACGGGAGUAUGAACAGACUAUUAAGCCCAAUACCAAAUUGCUGUAUGGAGAAUCGCCUUGUAAUCCAAAUAUGACGGUGCUCGACUUGGAGGCCUUUGGAAAACUUGGCGCGACUCGUGGCAUUCUUACGCUCGUCGACAGCACAUUCGCUAGUCCGUUUUGCCAGCCGGCGAUCAGGUAUGGAAUAGACAUAUCCAUGCAUAGCUGUACGAAGUACCUUGGCGGCCAUAGCGACUUAACGGCUGGUUGUCUCACCUUCAAGGAUGUUCAGAAUUGGAAAGAAAUGAAGAGGUACCAGAGCUCUCUUGGUGUCCAGUUGUCACCCCAUGAUGGAAGUCUACUGCUGAGAGGGAUUAAAACGUUACACGUCAGAAUGCCAAGACAUUCUUCGAAUGCUUUAAAAGUUGCCGAGUUUCUCGAAAGGCAUCCAAAGGUUCAAUAUGUACUUUAUCCUGGCCUGAAAUCCCACCCACAACAUGAUAUUGCUGUGCGACAGAUGGUUAGGGGGUUUAGUGGAAUGAUUGCAGUCGAAAUAAAAGGUGGCGUUGAAGGAGGAAAAGCCUUUGUCGAGAACCUGCACCUUGCACAGUUGGCGGUGUCACUAGGAGGAGUUGAGACCCUUGUUCAACAUCCGGCCACAAUGACACAUGGACCAAUGAUAAUGUCUGACGACGAACGGCGAAAGGCCGGAAUAACGGAAGGACUUGUCAGAAUCAGCAUUGGCUUAGAAGAUCCAGGUGAUUUAAUCAAAGACUUCGACGGGGCACUGGAACACGUCAAAGUUUAAAAAAUCCAAAUACCUGAUUUGAUAUACACAUAACAAAAAAUGCAAGACGUUUGGCGAUGUUUUUGCUUAAAAAAACUUUCAGAAAAAUGUUUUAAAUCACCCAACUCAGCGACCCUGAGCCGGUGCACCUUAUGAGGGUGGGGGUGGGGGGCAUUUAUUUUUUCUCGAUGUAGUGAACAUCUGGCCCGACUUUUAUUAAAAUCCUUUGACGAAGUAAAGGAAAUAAUGAGCUUACAAGAAAUAUAUGAAUCGAAUCUUUGACCGUAAACUGUGACCUUGACCUUUAGUCGGCGCAUCUGAAAUGUGGGUUCUGCACGUCGUCUUUAUGUGGUUUACAUUUGACGCUGGUUUCAUAUGAAUCCUUCAUGAGGAUUAGGAGGUACGGAGUGGAAAAUGAAUAUUUAUAUAAGGACCAACGGACGAACAGACGAAAAUCAGCGCUAAAAUCAAUGUUUGGAGUAAAGCACAACUACAGGGCUCAUAGCUGCAGUUUCAAUCUGUG